AUGUCCUCCCGUGAAUCCAGCGACUACGCAGAUCCCGUGCGCGAACUCGAGUUCGAGGGCAAGCCCAAUGACGUGGCCAGCAACGGCGCCGAUCCGGACCUCGAGCUAGAGCUUUCCCGCACCGGCACCAACGCCACGUCGGAGACUGAGGCCCGCAUCAACCGCCGCGUCUCGCGCAUUUUGACCGGCUCCCACAACGAGCCCGAGAAGGUCGGCGUCGACUACUCCAAUUGUCUACCCAUGGGCGGCGGCCGUCCGUACCCGCCCAUGCUUCCGGACCGGGAGCAGUUCGAGGUGGCGUUCGACGGACCCGAUGAUCCGCUCCACCCCUACAAUUGGCCCACCCGCAAGCGUGUGUUUCUGUGCGGUCUGUUGGGACUCAACUGUCUGGGCGUCAUCAUGGGCUCGUCCAUCUAUUCCUCGUCUAUCGAACAGAUCUGCAGAGACUACAAAGUGGCGCCGGUCGUGGCCAUUCUCGGUAUUACGCUGUACGUGUUUGGGUUUGCCGCCUCGCCCGUCGUGUAUGCGCCGCUUUCGGAGUUGUACGGCCGCCAAAUGCCGCUCAUCCUCUCAUCUUUCGGAUUCGUGUGUUUCUCGUUUGCCACAGCGGUCUCCAAAGAUCUGCAAUCCAUUCUAAUCACCCGUUUCUUCGCGGGCUUUGUGGGCGCUGCCCCGCUGGCCAUUGUGCCAGCGUGUAUGUUCGACAUGUUCAACACAGAGACUCGAGGCAAGGCAGUGACCAUCUUUGUUAUGGGAGUGUUCAUGGGCCCUAUUCUGGCGCCUGUGUACGGGUCGUACAUCACUCAGUACACAACGUGGAGGUGGACAGAAUACGUUAUUGGCAUCUACUCCGGAGUUAUUACUCUAAUCUUGCUGUUUACGUACGAAGAGACCCACCAUCCAAUGAUUUUGGUGGCCAAAGCGCGUCGUCUCAGAGAAACCACAGGCAAUUGGGGUAUUCGUGCCGCGCACGAAGACGCGCAGCUAUCGCUGCGCGAUAUCGUGCAGAAAACUGUUACCAGACCCAUCUACAUGCUGGCUACCGAACCCAUUCUGUUCUGCAUCACACUGUACCACGCGUUUGUGUACGGGAUCCUGUACUUGUUGCUGGAGGCAUAUCCAAUUGUGUUCGAGGGCAAAUACGGGUUCUACAAGAACGGAGAACUGCCCUACAUCGCAUUGUUGGUGGGAAUGGGUGUUAACGCCCUGUACAACGUCUACGAAGAGAAAAAUUACGUGGCCAAAGUGCGGGCCAAUGGCGGCAAACCGCUGCCGGAGGCCCGGCUCCGCACCAUGGUGAUCGCCGGCAUCGUUUUCCCGAUCGGGAUUCUGUGGUUCUGCUGGACCGGUAAUUACCCACAUAAGGUGCAUUAUAUGGUUCCCACAGUAGCCGGCUCGUUCAUUGGGUUCGGGCUGAUCGGAAUCUUUCUACCGUGCUUCAACUAUAUCAUCGACUGUUACCUGUUUUUGGCAGCGUCCGCCAUUGCCGGUAACACAUUUAUGCGGUCCUCGUUUGGUGCGUCAUUCCCGCUAUUUGCAGGGUUCAUGUUUGAUAACAUGGGCGUAAACUGGGCCGGGCUGUUGCUGGGACUGUUUGCGCUGUGCAUGGUGCCCGUGCCGCUGUUGCUGAUGAAAUACGGCAAGGAGUUGAGACAGAAGUCCAAGUUUGCGUUUGUGCUGUGA